AUGGCCAAAUGCAUCAAGAAGGUGAGGAUGGUUGGUAAAUAUGGGAUCCGUUAUGGGGCCUCCCUCAGUAAAAUGGUGAAGAAAAUUGAAACCAGCCAGAAAGCCAUGUACAUUUGCUUCUUUUAUGGCAAAAGCACUGUGGGGAUCUGGCACUGUGGUUCCUGCAUGAAAAUGGUGGCUGGUGGUGCCUGGACCUACAACAUCAUUUCUGGUGUCAUAGUAAAGUCUGUCAUCAGCAAACUGAAAGAACUGAAAGACCAGUAG